AUGAAUUCGCGUUGCUUCUCCAGUCGCUGCACAGAUAUGUCGGUUAAUGCCGACCAGGCAACUUUUUGCCUUGAUCCUUCCUGCAUUCACAUCACGCAUCCUGUGCACGACGCAGUGUUUCGACACCUCUCGCUACGACACCGCUCAUCAGAUAUCAGAGGACUUGCUCUUCGCAUCACGCUGCCGGCCGCAUCUCAGACGAAUUGGCUGUAA